AGUCUGUGGGAAAGCUGAAGUUUGAAAAGGGAAGAGUAAAUGGGAUAAGUGUGUCUGUUUUGAAAGAUUCUGGUUCAAGUGUUAUAGGAAUUAGAAGUUCAUUAGUUGGUGAGAAAGAUAUGAUUCCUGGUACUUACAAAUUAAAGCUUGUCGAUGGGACAGUCAGGGAUUACCCAUUGGCGUGUGUAAGUAUUGAGUCGGAUUACAUUGUUGGGAAAUAUGUGGUUGCUUGUUUUAAAGACCCUGUUGCAGAUUUGAUUCUUGGGAAUGUUGAUAUUAAUGUGAGUCAGGAGUUUGAUUGCGCAGCAGUAACUAGGUCAGCGAAAGAUAGAGAGAAUGAUAGUGGCCCUGUAAAUGAGUGUGGAAUAUUGGAAGAUUGUCGUGAUGUUUUAGGUACGAGUGAUGAUUUUUUACGUGAACAACUGAGUGAUCCGUCUUUGAAAGAUCUAUGGGAGCGACAUGUGGAUAAUUGUGUAGAUAAUAAAAAGAAUGGAAGUGUGGAAUAUAAAGUGUUUGAUAGACUAUUGUACAGAGUGUUUAGGGGAGAGUUUGGUGAGGAAGAAAGACAGUUAGUUGUACCCUCAGCUAAGAGAGAAAUUGUGUUGAAAACUGCUCAUGAGAGUAUGUUAGCAGGGCAUUUGUCAUUAAGAAAGACUAAAAGUAAAAUCUACAAAUAUUUUUUCUGGCAAGGUUUAGAUAGAGACAUAAAAGAGUUUGUGAGGUCGUGUGAUAUUUGUCAGAAAGCUAGAGUGCCGCGUCGUUGUGACAGAGUGGAGCUAGGCCAAAUGAAUGUUGUUACCACUCCGUUUUACAAAGUUGCUACAGAUAUUAUUGGGCCAUUGGAGAUAACUGACAAUAAGAAUAGGUAUAUUUUGACAGUGGUAGAUGUCGCUACCAGAUGGCCAGAAGCGAUACCUCUGAGGAAUAUAAAUACAGAAACAGUUAUUGAGGCACUAACUAAUAUUUUUUGUAGAAUAGGGCUACCUAUAGAAAUAUUAAGUGAUCAAGGCCCCCAGUUUACCUCCGAAUUGUACAAACAGGUGUGCGAAUUUUUCUCAGUUAAACCCGUGCACUCCACUAUAUACCACCCCAGCUCUAAUGGUAUGAUAGAAAGGCUCAAUUCUACUUUAAAAUCCUUUUUAAGGAAAGUAUGUCAGGAUAGCCCUCAUGAUUGGGACCGGAAAGUUAGUGCAGCAUUGUUCGCCUACCGAGAGGUACCUAAUGAGACAACGGGGUUGUCGCCAUUUGAGCUUGUCUAUGGGAGACAAAUGAGAGGCCCACUGGCUAUUUUGAAGCAAGUAUUUGUAAAUGCUGAAGAAGAAACUGAAUAUAAGAAUGUGUUCACUUAUUUAGUGGACUUAAAACAAAGAUUAUCAGAGGUGACUUCUAUUGCUAAAUCUAACAGCGAUGCAAACAAAAAGAAGUACAAAAUGCAAUAUGACAAAUAUUCGUCUAGACGAGACAUUAAUGAGGGUGACUGUGUUUUAGUCCUCAAGCCACACAGAGACAAUAAGAUGUCCGUGUUUUGGCAAGGCCCGUAUAAGGUUGUGAAUAAAAUAUCAAAGUUCAAUUACGUUGUUGAGAAAGAAAAUAAGAUAAAGGUGUAUCACAUAAACCGACUCAUGAAAUAUCACUGUAGGGUAAAGGAAGUAAGCAAUUCAAACGUUGAAACUGAGGAUACAAAUGAACUUUUAUCAGCUAACAUGGUAUCAGUUGUGGGGGAAGAAGAAGUUGAUGAGCAGGAUGGGGAGAAUGAAGAUGUAAUGGCCAACAUCCCAACGCUAGAGAUUAGGUCGGAAGAAAUGAGUGGCGGGAAUGUGUUGACGCAGGUCAAAAUUAAUCCCGAUUUGAAUGCUAUACAAAAGAAGCAAGUUGAUGACAUUUUGAGUGAAUUUAAAGACAUAAUAUCUGAUAUUCCUGGUAGAGCCAAGGUCGAAGAGUUUAAAAUUAAAUUGGUUGAUACGAAACCUGUGACUUUAAAACCAUAUGCGGUACCUAUCCACUUAAGAGAUAAAGUUAAGCAAGAGAUUGACAGCAUGUUGGAUUUGGGAAUUAUAGGGCCAACAGACUCCCCCUAUGCAGCGCCCGUUGUUAUAAUAAAAAAGAAAGACGGAACUUUGCGACCUUGUAUUGAUUUUAGAAAAUUAAAUAAUGUUUCUGAAAUACCCGCUGAGGUAAUUCCCGAACAAGAAGAUUUGUUCAACAUGCUAUAUAAAGCUAAGUACUUUACGUUACUGGAUCUGACUAAGGGUUACUGGCAAAUUCCAAUUUGUGAAACAAGCAAACCAUUUACAGCAUUUAGAGUUUUGGGAGAACAUUAUAUGUUCCAUUAUUUACCCUUUGGAUUAAGCGGUGCUCCUAAUCACUUUAACAAGAUUGUUAAGCGCAUGUUAAGAGGUUUAGAAAAUGUAUUGUUUUAUUUCGAUGACAUUUGUAUUUUCAGUGAGGACUGGGACAGACACAUUGAAAGUGUUCGUAAUGUAUUUAGUGCUUUAAGAAAGAAUGGAUUUACAUUAAAACCCGCCAAAUUGGAGGUGGGCUUUACUAAUGUAAAAUUUCUAGGUCAUAGUGUCGGACAGGGAGUUGUCAAACCUGAUCAUAGUAAUGUGAAAAAGAUUUUGGAAUUUAAGACUCCAAGUACAAAAAAGGAACUUCGUGGUUUGAUUGGGUUAAUUAACUACUACAGUAGGUUUAUACCAAAACACGCGGAUUUAGUUUUUCCUUUUACGGAAUUAUUACGUCGUGGAAAAUCCAUGAGAGUCGACUGGAGCUGUGAGUGUGCGGAGGCAUUGAAGAGAGUACAGGCCUGUCUAUGUAAGUAUCCUAUUCUUCGUUUGCCUGAUUUUUCUCUACCGUUCUAUCUCCAGACUGAUGCCUCAGACAAAGGGAUCUCUGGCAUUCUUAGCCAGUGUGUGAAUGGUAUGUUGCAUCCUAUAAAAUUUGUGAGCCGUAAGUUGUUGCCUCGGGAGCAGAAGUAUUCUAUCAUUGAACGGGAAGGAUUGGCCAUUAUAUAUGCAAUAAAAAAAUUGGACAGGUAUCUGGCCGGAAAAAAAUUUCAUCUCCAGACUGACCACAAGGCUUUAUCUUACCUUAGGAGCACUAACUUUACCAAUGCACGUAUUACAAGAUGGGCGCUGAUGUUACAGGAUUAUUCCUUUGAUGUUGUUCAUGUCAAAGGGGAGGACAAUCUGCUUGCUGAUCUGUGUUCAAGAUUGCUAUAGACUUUCAAAUACGCAGCUACAUGAGCUACAUACUUAUGUAUUGUUUUAAUACAUGUCUUAUGCAUUUGAAUGUUCCAAUGUAUACAUUGUUGUUUGAAAAUGUUUGCACUUUAUGUUAGAUGAUAUUAUGUUGCAUUUAGUAUUAUUGAAAUUAAUUUGCUGAUUAUGCAUUUUAAAUUUGAUUGGUUGGUAGAUUGUGAUUUUGUGAAUGGUUCAUAGUGUAAUGUGGAUACUUUGGUAAAAAGUGUCAUUGGUAAUUUUUCUUCUAAGUUGUUAUGUUUGGAAGAGUGAUGUUAAUGCGGAUGAAUUUUCCUAGCUGGAUGUGCUUACCUUGUAGUUGCCAUGAUAUCUUCUUACUUUUCUUUCAGUUUGAGGUACGGAAACUGGUCCAUACUUUGUAAGAACCAGUUUGGGGGGAGAGGGGGAAUGUCGGUGCGUAGAUUAUGUCAUUCUAGCACCAAUGUGUAAUAAGUGCACUAUUUUUGAACGCACUUUCUUUUUGUUGCCUUGCUUGUAAGUUAAUGGAGUGUUUUUGUUCUGCUGGUGUAACGUUUGUUGAGAUUCUUCUGUGUUCCCCUGUUUAGGGGAGUUAGCUUGGGAUUGGAAGUCUACGCUGGUGACUAAAGACAGCAGUGUCAGAGUGUGUUGUGUUUUCGAACAUUUAUGUGUACGUUGUGGGACAGCAAGGGGUAGAAUUAUUAUUUAAUUAAUAAAUUCACAGUAUUACAAUGUUCCAAAUUCAAUGUCAUUACUCCAUUAGUUUGUCAUCAUACUUAUAUUUAUAUCAUUAAAUAUUUACAUUGUUACCAGUGAGUUAUUUAUUUAUUGUAAGCACGAAGGUGCCUGGUUAAAUGUCAGGGGCCCGGGCAAACGAGCUAAGGCCUUAACUUAACCCUGACAGUAACAUAAUAGUAUUAUAUGUACAUUUGCACACUAGCGCGUCAGUGCAACACCGCUUGUGUUUACGUAAUAAACGGGGUUCCUAAUAUGUCUUCCCUCUUAAACACUAGUUUGUU